CCCGCGCAGGCGCCGCGGAGCUGCCGGGCCGGGUCGGGCCCGGUGGGUGCGCGGUUCCCGGGUUGCUCCCGCGGCUCUCCCGGCUCUUGGCGCUUGGCUGCAGCUCGCCGGGGCUCCCGGGCGUGGAGCGGCGUCGCGGCCUCCCGUGGUCGGCGGUAGCGGAGCCCGGGAAGACGCGCUGUGGGCUUGGGGGCGGGCGCGGGUGCCCCGGCGCUGGCAGGGGGCAGCCCAGCCCGGCCCGGCGGGUUCCGGUGUUUUCGUCCCUCGGCCCCUCCGUCCCCCACCUCGCAGGGGACGCACAGAGAAAUAAAAUGCUCGGUAACACGCACUGACCGUGUCCAUAGGCGAGGCGUCGGCGUAGAGGCGUGCUAAGCAUGGAGGGAGAUGAAGAGGAGGACUAUAUGUCUGAUUUAUUUAUUAAGCAGGAUGUCAGGCCAGGUUUGCCCAUGGUGAGGCGAGUGAAGGAAGCUAUUCAGAAAGAAGAAAAGCAAAAAGAAGCCAAUGAGAAGAACAGACAAAAAAGCAUAAAAGAAGAAGAAAAAGAGAGACGUGACUUGGUACUGAAAAGUGCAUUGGGCAAUGAGAACAAAGGCUUUGCUUUGCUCCAGAAGAUGGGCUACAAGAGCGGCCAGGCCCUUGGGAAAAGUGGAGAAGGCAUUGUUGAACCUAUUCCUCUGAACAUAAAAACAGGCAGAAGUGGGCUUGGUCACGAGGAAUUAAAAAAGCGAAAAGCUGAAGAAAAACUGGAAAACUAUAGACAAAAACUCCAUAUGAAAAAACAAGCAAAUGAACAAGCUGCAGAUCAGUUCAGAAUAAGAUUCAAAACGAAACAAGGAGAACGUAAGAUGGAAGGGGACCUGCGAAAAAGCCAGAGGGCCUGCCAGCAAUUAGAUACACAAAAAGAUAUUGGUGUUCCCAAGGAGACUUGGUUUUGGAUAAAACCUGAAGAGGAAGACAAAAAGGAUGAGGAAGACAAGGAAGAUGAAUGCACAAGCUCAGACUUAAGUGUAUCAGAAAAGCUACACAUCCUGACGGCCUAUUUGAGAGAGGAGCAUUUCUAUUGCAUUUGGUGUGGAACAACCUAUGAAGACUCUGAAGAUUUAUCUUCAAACUGUCCUGGAGACAGUGCUGCAGAUCAUGACUAAAGCCAGUCUAAAGGAAGAAGCCCUAGAUAAGUAAAAACUGAGUGUGAUUCCUUGCAGAUGAAGAUUCUUGCAGAUGAAGAUGAAGAUUUCUUGCCCUGCCCUGGUUGCAGCCAGCAGACAUGAAUGGUGAUGUGGCCAAGGAAAAGACACACCCCAAGUCUUGCUGUUGCUUCUGACAUCUCUUGUCAUUUCAUCAAUUGUAAUAAAUUCAUCAAACUCUGGAUUUAAA